AUGUUUUUGUUUGGAUUCAUCAAUUUUCUUGCUGACCAUGGGGCCAAGCAGGUUGAUGAAUUCAAUGCAUUCCAGACUAAACGGGUGAAAUUUGUCUGUGACAAGUUAUUUGCAAAUACUCAAAUAGGGAGAUAUACGCACACAGACUUGGGUGAGGAGCUUGAACUUGAUACCAUCAAGAAAUUGUCAAUGGAAUACGCUAAAGCCAAAGAAUCAGCAUUCUCAGAGUUGAGCCAAACGGUUGAUGUGGAAGAUGCCAAGCACAUCCUUCAGAAUGACAAACUGCUGGGCGACAGGGUAGGAGAAAUCGUGAAAGAGUGGGAUGCCCAGAAGGAAGAGUUCUACCAGAAAACCGGUGUGUCUCCCGGUGAUGAACUGGCGGUGGUUGACAAUGACGAACCAGGAGAAUUCCUGGACGAAAACGAUGGCCACACUGAACUGGCGGUGAUUGACAAUGACAAAUCAGGAGAAUUCUACGAUGAAGACGGGGGAUUUGAUGAGUUAGAGCAGCUUCUGCUGGAAUAAGGAGCUUGCAGUAGACCCUGAGGAAUAACUGAAGAACUGCUGCUCUGCUCACAUCCCUGCUCGUGCCAUUGUGUUGCGACAUGAAAUCGACGCCAUUUGGGCGUGGGAUCUUGAAACCGUUUUGUUACCAUAACAUUGUUGCAAGGAAAACCUCUGUAUAUAGUUCUAAUUUUGUGAUAUUUCCAUGUAGCAUGUAUUGGGUCUUCUGAUU